AAGGUUGACUACCGUGGCAGCGAAGUCCGUGCGCAGUCAAUGUUAUAAUGUCCCAGGCUUGGGCGUCACGGUAACACAGCGUUUCGACGUAUUGCGCUGCUAUGGUUCACGUAGGGCUAACCGAAAGUAAAAUGAAAGUGUUAAGUGCAAGUCGACAACACUAAUUCGGGAAAGAAAAACACAUCGCCGUUAAUAGCUAAUAUAGCCUAUUUAUUUAAGUUUUGAACAGUUAUAGCUGAGUGGAUUGAAGAGCGUGAUUUUUGCUCUCGUAAAAUGUGAAGGGACAUCUGAAUCCAACAUUAACCAAAUCGCCGCGUAAGUAUUAUGCCUGCCGUGUGUUGUGGGCAUGGAUGCUUCAUUUAGCAUGGCCUUGCUGCUGGCCGUUCUGUCAGUUUCACGUGCAGUGUCCUCGCUUUCCGUUGUUAAAGGGGAGUUUGGGGCCUCUGUCACUUUACCCUGUGAUGGGUCGGCAUACAGAGGGACCCCUGAGGCCCAGCUGGACGUCCUGUGGCAGACGCCGGAAGGGAAGAAAGUGGCUCGCUACUCUCGUGGGGAUCAUAGCGUAGGCAUUCACUUUGAGGGGAGAGUCACGUUCCCCACAGAGAGGAUUCGGCAGGGUGAUUUCUCUAUCAACAUCAGCUCCGUUACGUUCCGCGAUGAGUACUCUUACGAGUGCGUGUGGAACAAGGGUCCCAAUGAAAAGGGUCUUAACGAUGUGAGACUCUACGUUUUGGGCCCCCCCAUUCCAAAGUCUGUCUCUGUUCCUGUUGGCGAUUCGGUCACAUUGCCCUGCUACGGUCAGAUUAACAAAGAGGCGCCAGAGGAAUCCUUUGUCCAGUGGAAAAGAGGAGAUGAACUGGUCCUGAAGUACGGCUUGGGUGAGGUCACCUAUGGCCCAAAGUACAAGGGAAGGGCAUCCGUGUCUUCUGACUGGAUCCAAGGCAACUUCUCUUUGUCCUUGAAUGUCACGGGUUUGCGUGACUCAGGAGUCUACCAGUGCUCCACUGACCAGAAUCAAAAUGUAACUUCCGUCAUUCUUGAACUUAAAGAUUAUCGGCACUACAAACCAGUCAAUCUCAGCCUUGGGAUGCAUUUCAAUUUCAGUUUACCCAGAGAACCAGUGAAAGUGGUCUUCUCUAAGGAGGGUGCACUCCCCAGAGAGCCACUGUGUUCUGUGGACACAGAUGGUUUUGAAUGUGAACCAAUAUACAAGAGCAGGAUGGAGAGGAAGAGUAGUACUCUUACUAUGCUGAACAUGACAUUAGAUGAUGUGGGAACAUAUGCAGUGAUCCACGCCAGGAACUGUGUCAUCAUCCAUGCAUACAGAGUCUACAUAACAAGUCCAAAUAAUAAUCUAAAAUAUUUAUGGAUCCUGAUUAUUCCAGUAGGAUAUGUAGUAUAUCGUGUACUAAAGAAAAACAGAAUAAUUCAAAAUGUGAAGACAAAAAUCCAUCAUUGGAAACACUCUUUCUUUGGCGCCCGUAGAGGAGCAUAGACCCCUCACAAUACAAAAUGAAUAACUUAGAAUCAGCCAAGAAAUUGUUGACUGACAGCAGAAGUGUUGACAAUCUCAGUCUCCAGGCUCCAUCAAAAUUUUGUCAGGAACGGAGGAAGAUCCCCAUCCAACAUGUAUACCACUGUCAGAAAACAAUACAGAAGAUGAUUCAGUGGUUGUGUAAUGACUAACUCAACAAUCCAAGAUUCUAAGAUAUGGCUGUGUCAAUUCAAGAACCCCCGUACGAUUCAAAUUUUGAGAUAAACGGAGCUGGAAAUCUAAAAAAAAAAACCAUUACGAAUGGUGACAUGGAGUGGAAACGGAGUGAAAAACAGUCAACUUUAGCAAAGGAGUCGCCAGUGGUCGCAACUACUUCAACUACUCACCCACAAUUCUAUAAUUCUACAAUAACCAGAAGGUCCUGUGUUUGGAUCCCGGUCUGGGCCUUUCUGUGUGGAGUUUGCAUGUUCUCCCCCGUGUCUGCGUGGGUUUCCUCCGGAUACUCUGGUUUCCCCCGAAGACAUGCCGGCUAGGUUAAUUGGACAGUCUAAAAUGCUCGUACCUGUGUGUGUGUGAGUGAAUGGUGUAUGUGCCCUGCAAUGGAUUAGCGACCUGUCCAGGGUGUAUUCCUGCCUCUCACCCAGUGAAUGUUGGGAUGGGCUCCAGCACCCCACACCAGCACCCCCACCACCACCACCUUUGACCGUGAACAGGAAUAAGUGGCUUAGAAAAUGGAUGGAUGGAUGGAUGGAUUGACAAUAAUCAAAGCGCUAGGCUAUUUUAUUUGCAUGGACAUGGGCUUGUUCAUCAUUGUUGAAAACGGCGAUUUCAGACAGAAGAUGGCUACGCUGGAACACGGUAACCAGCAUACAGCACAUCAGUGACAAAGACAAAUGUCUUUUAUGGCAAUUAUUGUAUUAUGUUUCUACUGAUUGGUCAAUGAAAAGUCAUGUUUUACAGAUGAGAGUAUUUAACGAGACACAGAAAGAACAUUGGUGCUUUGUUGCAAGAGGCAUGUGUUGAGUGGAAGCUUGAGAGGAAAGGUUCAGCUCUUGUAACAGACAUUUCAGGUCUUACUUUACUGCUGUGCUGGCUAAGCGUCCUGGAUUUGAGCUGCAGCUGUAAUCGUUGUGGUGCCCCUGAUGUGUGUGUGUGUGUGUGUGUGUGUGUGUAUAUAUUUGUGUGUGUGUGUGUGUAUUUGUGUACUGUAUAUGAGCAAAACCCAGGGAGCAAAAGCCAAAUUGUAGACAUCAAGAGGGGUGGAAAUCUACGUUGAGAAGUUUUGACCUAAAUUAGCUACAGGUUAACCCCAAUAUGCCAAAGAUUUUACCUUGAUAUAGCCUAACCAAGUAGACAAGAUAACUGUCAUUUUUGGACCAAAUGUAGCCGGAUUUUCAGCUGAACUAGACGCCAAAUUUUUCAACAAAUUUUCACCACAAAAAUGUUCACUGUGAAGUUCUUCUGGUGCACUUUGUGUGAACUGCUGUGGUGAACUAAGACCAAAACCAAGCUCUUCGGCCUCAGAUGAAGAACAUUGAAGACAUUGUGCCUACAGUGAAAUGUGAUGGAGAUUUUAUGAUAUUGGUUUGUUUUGUUUCUGCUGGAUCUUUGGCUCUUGUUUAUAGGAAAUAAAAUCACUUAUUUUUAAAAUAA